AUGAUAAAUAAUCUCAAAUCUUCAUCUGUAUUCAGAGAAGGACAACAACAAACGAAACCGAUCCGUCAUUUUCUUCGUAAAUUUCAAAAUGAUUGGUCAAUGGAUUUUUCUGCUAUGCUCGCAUAUAAUUUAUUGAUUACUCUGCUUCCAAUAGCUGUUGCAUUAUUUGGAAUUUUGGGCUUAAUUUUAAAAAAUUAUCCUGUUGCACAGAAUGAAAUCAAAGAUAAAAUUAUUCAUUUGUUUCCAGCUGAUAAUACUACACAAACUGGAAUGAAACAAGUAGUGGAUCUUGCAUUUAAUCAAUUAUCAAAAGAUGCUGGCUUAAUCUUAGCUAUUGGAAUCUUUUUUGCAUUGUUUGGUUCGUCUCGAUUAUUUAUUGCUAUUGAUAAAUGUAUGACGAUUGUCUAUCGUUUACCUCAAAGAACAUUUCUACGACAAAAUACAUUAGCUUUUGGAAUGCUUUUUCUAUUUAUUACAAUUAUUCCAGUGAUGCUUGCGGCUAGUUCUGCUCCGUCAGUUUUAAUAAGUAUUAUUCCAGGUGGUGGUAGUCGUUUUGGAACAUUUUUUGUUGGAAUAAUUUUUUCAUUAACAGUAGCAUUUAUUCUCUUUGAAAGUAUUUAUUGGCUUAUACCGAAUAAAAAAAUGUCAUUUAAAGUCACAUGGUGUGGAGCAUUGGUCGCUGCUUGUACACUUGAAGUGUUCAUUAUUUUGUUUCCAUUAUAUGUACGACGAUUCAUGGGAAAUUACGCAGGACAAAUUGGCUUUGCAGUCAUUCUUCUUCUGUUCUUUUAUUAUUUUGCUACAAUUCUUAUUUUGGGUGCACAAAUUAAUGCAUUCUUUUUUGAUCAUUAUAAGCCAUUAGUAGAAGGAUUGGGUACAUAUAUAAGUCAAAUGCAUCAAGAACACGGCGUUGGAGAUAUAAAUAGACCUUUGUGCGACACUGAAACUGAUAAAUCUCAUCAUUUACCAACAACAACAUCUGAUCAAUCAUCGGAUAGAAAGCUAUGGUGGCAUAAGUUAUGGUCAUCAAAAAAUGCUUCGGUAACGAAACAAGAAGAAGAACAAAACAAUAUGCUUUGA